AUUAUAAAGAAUAGGUAGAAAAAUAAUUAUUCUGGUGCCAAACUACUCUCUAAAAUUGGGGAAAUCUAUAAUCAUUAGCCUUGUCUUAAAUAGAGGGAAUUAAAGUUAAUAAUGCAUCAGACCAUUAUUUGCAUCUACCAAAACAGAGAAAUAGAGAAUGGAUAUCUCAGUCGGUAGAAACCCAUCUUCUGAAACUGUGUCUGAUUAUGAUCGAGCUGGAGAGCUUCAAGCUUUUGAUGAGGCCAAAACUGGUGUCAAAGGACUAGUAGAUGCUGGAAUUGAGAAUAUUCCAAGGAUAUUUCUUCGGCCACCUUCUCCUAAUGAGCUUGUUCACGAGUCAAAUAAUCACCAGAACGACUUGCAGGUUCCUCUUAUAGAUCUUGGUGGCAAGCACGAGGAGAUUGUUGAUCAAGUUAGGAGUGCAUCCGAGACAUGGGGCUUUUUUCAGGUUGUAAAUCACGGGAUCCCUUUCAAUGUAUUUGAAGGGAUGAUUGAAGGAGUAGGUAAGUUUCAUGAACAAGAUGUUGAGGUGAAGAAAGAAUGGUAUACACGUGAUGUGAAGAGAAAAGUGACAUUCAAUAGCAACUUUGAUCUGUAUCGAUCAAAAGCCGCUAAUUGGAGGGAUACACUCAGUUUCUCCAUGUCUGCUUCUGAGAAUUUUGAUCCUCAGCUACUGCCUGCUGCUCUUAGAGAUGCGGCAACGGAGUAUGCAGAAAAUGUCAGAAAGUUAGGAGACACUCUGUUUGAAUUAUUGUCGGAGGCUCUAGGCCUGAAACCUGAUCAUCUAAAAGCCCUGGAAUGUGCUGGAAAAUGCACCUUUGUCUGCCACUACUAUCCGGCAUGCCCACAGCCAAAGCUAACGAUGGGAGCUAGCAGUCACUCGGAUCCUUCAUUCCUUACUGUUCUACUGCAAGAUCACGUUGGCGGUCUCCAAGUCUUGCAUGAAAAUCAGUGGGCUGAUGCUCCACCCAUUCCAGGAGCCUUGGUGGUAAAUAUAGGGGACUACCUCCAGAUUCUUUCAAACGACAAGUUUAAGAGCGUUGAUCACAGAGUUUUAGCCAAUAAUGUUGCCCCUAGGGUGACCGUGGCCUGCUUUUUUACGGGAAGUAGUAGUGUACACGAGAAAUCCUACGGCCCCCUGGAAGAGUUGAUAUCAGAAGAAAAUCCACCUGUUUACAAAAACUUUAUGGUGAGUGAAUAUUUUGGCAAAUUUUCAUAUAAGGGACUGGAUGGAAAGACUACCCUUGACCAAUUCAAGCAAUGAAGCUAGCAGUAUUAUUGUUUUACUAUAAUACAGUCAUUCCAAACAACUACUACAAAGUUGUUUAAUAUAACUUCUAUGUUAUCUGUACUUUUGUACUUAUAAUAACUGGGUACGCAAAUAUCCGGGAAUCCAGGAUAGUUGCACUCGAUAUCAGCUACUUUAUUUGUUCUCA